AUGACUAGCAUCACUUCUUCCUUUUCACGCUGCUGGACAUCACAGACCAUUGACUCCUUUGCUGGCUGGACGCGAUCUGUGAAGCCAUUGACUUUAGGUUUCCGGGUAGAGUUUCUCUUGAAUCUGGUGAAAGACCUAGCACGUGCUGUAUUCGGGGAACGGGCUAUUCAUACCAUGGAGUGCUUUUCUGGUUCUGACAAUAUAAGAGCAGCGGCAAAGGCCUUGAAUCUCAAGCAACGUGAGUUAGAAAAUCAACAUGAGGAAUUGCGUGCCCUUCUGCUUGCCCAAGGUAUUUCUCCUGAUAGUGCAGGCUGCGUGAUGGAAGCGGUGACAAAGUCUUCUCAAAAGGCUUCUUCCGUUCUUUUCUAG